AUGGCGCCAAAAGCUUUGACGCCAGAGCCGUCGGGCCGAGCCCCACAGUCGCUGGAUGAAGCCAUCAGCGACCUCGGCAAGCUGCAGCUCAUGCUGGCGGUGCCCAGCGUCUCGGCCUUGCGCACCGCGCGGCCGCUGCGCCGCUCUGAAGGGGAGCUCUACGUCGCCCAGUUUGUGCUGCAGUCGACACAUCGGAAGUUUAACAAGUUUCUGAGCACGCCCGAAGGCAAGUGCGAGUUGCAUCCUUGUCUCAAGCUGGGAACUGGAAGCCUGGCAGAUGGCAUGCCAGAUGGCGACGGGUCGUUUGGCUGUUUGGACGAUGGCACGCCGGUGAUUUAUCAGACAAAUGGCAUUGCCAGGAUUGAGGAGUCGAAGUUGAACAGGGCGAUCAAGUGCAGCCGCACUGGCGCGCCGGGGCAUUACAUGGAAACCAAGAUGCUGGUGGCAAAGCCCCGUGACACUGCUGGCAUAUCCUUAGGACUGGCGCGUGCCAAGGUGAUCCAAACACGGAAGGACUUGGAGCGCAACCUUUACUAUUCCUUCACCAGCUGUUGGCAGAUUUAUGCCUGCUCCGCGCGGGUGGGGGAGCUGGGGGAGGAUGAUUCUGGGGAGCGGAUCUUGGUCCGGCGCUCGGUGAGGGAUUUCCGGCAGCAUCACUUCCACGACUUCCCGGUGGCAAAACACUUGGCAGACCUGCUGGAUCGAGAGAACCAGAUCUUGGUGACCAAGCACAGCUUUGAACUGGAGUCGGAGGUCGAGAAAGCCAAGUAUGACUACCACUGCUACACCCUGCGCUCCUGGCAGACCUACGAGUGCGAGGGCCGGCCGCCGGAGAACGACGCGGGGCGGCGGCUGCUGGAGGCCGCGAAGAACGGCCAGGUGUCGGAGCUGAGGCACUUGGUGCAGAACUGCGGGUGCCACUGCGACACCAUUGUGGCGGAGUUUGGUUGCAUCGGCACCGGCAAGACCGGGAUUUACACUCGAACCGAUUGCGGGUAUGCAGAGGAGCGCACCGCUCUGAUAGCUGCCAUCCAGGCGGGCUGGCUCUCGGUUGUAAAUGCGAUUCUGGAUUUUGCAAAGGCAGGACAGGCUGGUCUGAACGUUGUGUGCCACGAAUGGAAUCCGAAAGGGAUCGGCGGCGAAUGCUUGAGACCCUGCUAUUCCGCGCUGGACCAAGCAAAGCUGUACCACCGGACGGAAAUGAUCCCCCUGCUGGAGGCUGCAGGUGCGUUGACCCAUAAGAAGUGCAAGAAGCCGCGCCGAGCUAAUCCCUUUGAUGUCCGCGCCAAGCAAGACAAGGGUGAGAGCUACAGCGAGGAGACCCGUGAAGAGCGUUAUCAAGACUUCACGUUUGCUGAGUGGGCGGAUGAGGCGCAAAUGGAUGAUGACAUGAAGGAGAUUGUCAAUAAUUUGAAGGAAGAGCUGCGACCCUUCAGCAGCCUUUCAGAGACGGAGCAGAAUAAGCUCUUUCGGAAACUCUGCGCCCGGUGGCAUCCCGACAAGCACCCGGAUGACAAGAAGGUGAUGGCCACAAGAAUCUUCCAAUGGAUUCAGCAUGUCAAGGACGAUGCUUGGGAGAACAAGGUGCCGACUGAGACGCUUUCAUCGCGACCUCGGCGGCGUGAGGAGGCUUCAUGCUUGGAGUCGUGGCACGGUGCGGCAGCAUGCGCGACGUCUACAACAGCGCCGUUGGAUGUGAAGCCAGCGGCAAAGAAGCCACCAGAGCCAGCCAAGGCCUCGCACCUUGCGCCGCUGCCGACCCUCCAGCUAGACAUGCCAGCGGCCGUUGCUGCUGCAUUUCUGGAGAGUGCUCGGGCGGAGGCGGAUGCCAAGUACCGCCGCAAGCUGGCGUGCCGCGCUGCGCGGGAGGAAGCUGCUGGGCACACUGGGUUCAACACCCCGGAGGCUCCAGAGGCCGCAACCACCGCGCAGGUGGUUGACUCGCCUAGCCGCAUGCAAGAGAUCCUGGGCCUUGACGGGAAAUUUGUCAGUAGCGGGGCAAUCCGGCAACGAUUGCAGGAGAUGGAGGUCGAAGGAUGGCUCGCGCGAGCCCGGCACCGCAAUCGCAAGAUCGAAGCGGACAAUCAGGAGUUGGCCGGCCUGGUGGACGAGGCGAGGGAGUUGGUCCUGCGCCGCAUGCCAGCGGGCGGCGCGGGCCGUGCUGCCAGAUCGCUGCGGGAGGAGCGAGCGGCACUGGCCAAGCGUAUCUGCAGCUCGCCGGCCAGAAAUCGCAAACCCCACCGCCCUUUGCGGCUUCCCAAGUUCAACCAGGUGCCCAGCAGCCAGAGCCCCUCGUCUGCAUCUUCCACGCGGCGCUCCGAGGCGGAGGUGGCCUCAAAGUCUGCCAUAUCAGUGCCGUUGGAGACCUUCUCAGAUCCGUGCGAGAAGGAGAAGGAGGUGGCGGUGUCACCCUGCGAGUCCCCAAGAGGCCAGAGAUCCGAAGAGAGGAUGAUUUCGGGGACGCUGCAGGAGGUUUUGGCGGAGGUGGACACAGAAAUAGUGGGUGCAGCAUGCGGAAGUCAGGGCAGUGCACGGGAAACAGUCAUAGAAGGGACAGGUGCACAGGACGCUGAUGAGGGCGUAACACAAAUGCUUGCGGAAGCAUGUGGCAAAAUGCUCGCCUCCAGAGAGCGCCUGUCAUCAAUGGGGAGCCAAGCGCCAUCGGAAGGAUUGGAAGCGCAGCAAAUGACGCAACUCAUGCAGGGCUGGCAGAAGGAUGCCGAGUGCCCCAGCGAAGGCAGCUUGAUGCGAAGUGCAUCAGAUUUGGAGGUCGCAACGCGUACCGACGAAGGCUGUGUUUGGGGUUCUGCGCCUGAGGAUCUUGCGGCAGCAGCUCGGCAAGCAGAGUUUCUUGCGCAGGGGCCGGCAAAGGAGGCGGAGGAGGUAGUGCGUCACGCAGCGCAGGGGGCAAAAAAGCCGAAGCCUUCUGCGCAGGAACCGGCAGAGGGCGAUGCGCAGAAGCAGGAAGUGCAUGUUGCUGAAGCCCGAAGCCAGAAAGAGGACAUUGAAGAGAGGAAGCAGGCAACGAGCACGGAGGUACAGGAACUUGAAGUUGAAGUUGAAGAUGGUGCGGUUGCUGCUAAGCAUGCCGCGCCGGCCGUAUUUGCUGCUGAUGCGAACGCGAAAGCGCCCACUCGGGAGGCUUGUUUGGCGGUUGAUGCUGCCGCGGAGGAGUUGCCGAAGCCUUCUGAGCAGGAACUGGAGGACCAUGCGCAGAAGCAGGAAGUGCAUGUUGCUGAAGCCCGAAGCCAGGAAGAGGAUAUUGAAGAGAGGAAGCAGGCAACGAGCACGGAGACACAGGAAGUUGAAGUUGAAGAUGGUGCGGCUGCUGCUAAGACUGCCGCAUCUUCCGUAUCUGCUGCGGAUGCGGAUGCGCAAGCAUCCACACAGGAGUCUUGUUUGGCAGAGCAUGUUGCUGAACAGGAGCCGGCAGAGGACGCAGCGCAGAAGCAGGAAGUGCAUGUUGCUGAAGCCCGAAGCCAGGAAGAGGCUCUUGAAGAGAGGAAGCAGGCAACGAGCACGGAGGUACAGGAACUUGAAGUUGAAGAUGGUGCGGUUGCUGCUAAGCAUGCCGCGCCGGCCGUAUUUGCUGCUGAUGCGGAUGCGCAAGCGCCCACUCAGGAGGCUUGUUUGGCGGAGGAUGCCGUGGUGGAGGACCCGGCAGAGGACGAUGCGCAGAAGCAGGAAGUUGCUGAAGCCAGAAGCCAGGAAAAGGAUCUUGAAGAGAGGAAGCAGGCAACGAGCACGGAGGCACAGGAACUUGAAGUUGAAGUUGAAGAUGGUGCAGUUGCUGCUAAGGAGGCCACGUUGGCCGUAUCUGCUGCUGAUGCGGAUGCGCAAGCACCCACUUCUGAGGCCGAGGACGCGGCACAGAAGCAGGAAGUGCAUGUUGCAGAAGCCCGAAGCCAGGAAGAGGAUCUUGAAGAGAGGAAGCAGGCAACGAGCACGGAGGCACAGGAACUUGAAGUUGAAGUUGCAGAUGGUGCAGUUGUUGCUAAGGAGGCCACGUUGGCCGUAUCUGCUGCUGAUGCGGAUGCGCAAGCACCCACUUCUGAGCACGAACCGGCCGAGGACGCGGCACAGAAGCAGGAAGUGCAUGUUGCUGAAGCCCGAAGCCAGGAAGAGGAUCUUGAAGAGAGGAAGCAGGCAACGAGCACGGAGACACAGGAAGUUGAAGUUGAAGAUGGUGCGGCUGCUGCUCAGACUGCCGCAUCUUCCGUAUCUGCUGCUGAUGCGAGCGCGGAAGCACCCACUCAGGAGGCUUGUUUGGCGGAGGAUGCCGUGGCGGAGGAGUUGCCGGAGCUUUCUGAGCAGGAACCGGCAGAGGACGACGCAAAGAAGCGGGAAGUGCAUGUUGCUGAAGAAGAGGACUGUGCAGAUACGCGGCAAAGCACGCAGACACAGGAAGUUGAAGUUGCCGAUGGUGCGGCAGCUGCUAAGCCUGCCCUACCUGCCGUUUCUGCAACGGACGCGAAUGCGCAAGCACGCACAAAGGAGUCUUGUUGGGUGGAAGAGUUGGCGAUGCCUUCUGAGCAGGACAAAGCGCGAAAGCAGGAAGUGCCUGUUGGUGAAGCCUACAUCCAGGAAGAGGACACUGAAGAGCGGAAGCAGGCAAUGAGCACGGAAGCACAGGAAAUUGAAGCUGAAGAUGGUGUGGUUGCUGCUAAGACUGGCGCGCCUGCCGUAUUUGCGCCCACUCAGGAGGCUUUUUUGGCGGUUGAUGCUGCCGCGGAGGAGUUGCCGAAGCCUUCUGAGCAGGAAUCGGCGGAGGACGAUGCGCAGAAGCAGGAAGUGCAUUUUGCUGAAGCCCGAAGCCAGGAAGAGGAUCUUGAAGAGAGGAAGCAGGCAACGAGCACGGAGGCGCCGGAAGUUGAGGUUGAAGAUGAAGAUGGUGCGGUUGCUGCUAAGCAUGCCGCGCCUGCCGUUUCUGCUGCUGAUGCGAACGCGCAAGCGCUCACUCGGGAGGCUUGUUUUGCGGAGGAUGCUGCGGCGGAGGAGUUGCCGAAGCCUUUUGAGCAGGACCCGGCAGAGGGCGAUGCGCAGAAGCAAGAAGGGCAUGUUGCUGAAGCCCGAAGCCAGGAAGAGGAUCUUGAAGAGAGGAAGCAGGCAACGAGCACGGAGACACAGGAAGUUGAAGUUGAAGAUGGUGCGGCUGCUGCUAAGACUGCCGCAUCUCCCGUAUCUGCUGCUGAUGCGAACGCGCAAGCGCCCACUCAGGAGGCUUGUUUGGCGGAGGAUGCCGUGGCGGAGGACCCGGCAGAGGACGCAGCGCAGAAGCAGGAAGUGCAUGUUGCAGAAGCCCGAAGCCAGGAAGAGGAUCUUGAAGAGAGGAAGCAGGCAACGAGCACGGAGGCACAGGAACUUGAAGUUGAAGUUGCAGAUGGUGCAGUUGUUGCUAAGGAGGCCACGUUGGCCGUAUCUGCUGCUGAUGCGGAUGCGCAAGCACCCACUUCUGAGCACGAACCGGCCGAGGACGCGGCACAGAAGCAGGAAGUGCAUGUUGCUGAAGCCCGAAGCCAGGAAGAGGAUCUUGAAGAGAGGAAGCAGGCAACGAGCACGGAGACACAGGAAGUUGAAGUUGAAGAUGGUGCGGCUGCUGCUCAGACUGCCGCAUCUUCCGUAUCUGCUGCUGAUGCGAGCGCGGAAGCACCCACUCAGGAGGCUUGUUUGGCGGAGGAUGCCGUGGCGGAGGAGUUGCCGGAGCUUUCUGAGCAGGAGCCGGCAGAGGACGACGCAAAGAAGCGGGAAGUGCAUGUUGCUGAAGAAGAGGACUGUGCAGAUACGCGGCAGAGCACGCAGACACAGGAAGUUGAAGUUGCCGAUGGUGCGGCUGCUUCCAAGCCUGCCCUACCUGCCGUUUCUGCAACGGACGCGAAUGCGCAAGCACGCACAAAGGAGUCUUGUUGGGUGGAAGAGUUGGCGAUGCCUUCUGAGCAGGACAAAGCGCGAAAGCAGGAAGUGCCUGUUGGUGAAGCCUACAUCCAGGAAGAGGACACUGAAGAGCGGAAGCAGGCAAUGAGCACGGAAGCAAAGGAAAUUGAAGCUGAAGAUUGUGCGGUUGCUGCUAACCCUGCCGCGCCCGCCGUAUCUGCUGCUGAUGAGGAUGCUGUGGCGGAGGAGUUGCCGAAGCCUUCUGAGCAGGAAUCGGCGGAGGACGAUGCGCAGAAGCAGGAAGUGCAUUUUGCUGAAGCCCGAAGCCAGGAAGAGGAUCUUGAAGAGAGGAAGCAGGCAACGAGCACGGAGGCGCCGGAAGUUGAGGUUGAAGAUGGUGCUGUUGCUGUUAUCACUGCCGCGCCUGUCGUAUCUGCUGCUGAUGCGGAUGCGCAAGCGCCCACUCAGGAGGCUUGCGUGGUGCGGGAUUGUGCAGGUGAGAAGGCUGCCAAGCAAGUCGAGGCUGCUUGUGAGCAGGAGCCGGUGCAGCAGAAGGCAGCGAAGGAGGAACUGCAAGAGGGCGCGCAACCAGCAGCAGCGGAAGCGGCCGAAUUGCCGGAGCCGGAGCAGGAGCCAGCAGAGGAAGAGGCAGAGAGGCAGGAUGUGCAUGUUGCCGGGGCCAGAGGACAGGAUGAGGUCUCUGAAAAUGUGGCUCAGGAGUUGAGUUUGGAGGCACAGGAAGCUGCUGCUGGUGUGGGUGCCCACGGUGCAGGGGAUGAUGUGGCAGAGGAUGCAGAAGAGGAAGAGGCGCAAAAGCAGGAUGUACAUGUUGCUGGAGUCAGAGGGCAGGACGAGGCCGAGGUCUGUCAAAACAGGAUGCAGGAAGCGAACUUGGAGGCACCGGCAGCUGCUGAUGCGGCAGCCAAAGAAGUGGAUGUCCCUUGUGAGCAGGAGCCAGAAAGGCAGAAGACAGCGCAUGAGGACGCAGAGAAGGAAGCACAGGCAGCGCGGGCAGCAGAAUUGCCGGAGGCUUGUGAGCAGGAGCCGGCAGAGACAGAGGCACAAAAGCAGGAUGUGCAUGUUGCUGGAGUCAGAGGACAGGACGAGGCCGAGGUCUCUCAAAACAGGAUGCAGCAAGCGAACUUGGAGGCACCGCAAAAGCAGGAUGUACAUGUUGCUGGAGUCAGAGGGCAGGACGAGGCCGAGGUCUCUCAAAACAGGAUGCAGGAAGCGAACUUGGAGGCACCGGCAGCUGCUGAUGCGGCAGCCAAAGAAGUGGAUGUCCCUUGUGAGCAGGAGCCAGAAAGGCAGAAGACAGCGCAUGAGGACGCAGAGAAGGAAGCACAGGCAGCGCGGGCAGCAGAAUUGCCGGAGGCUUGUGAGCAGGAGCUGGCAGAGGCAGAGGCACAAAAGCAGGAUGUGGAUUUUGCUGGAGUCAGAGGACAGGACGAGGCUGAGGUCUCUCAAACCAGGAUGCAGGAAGAAGCGAACUUGGAGGCACCGGCAGCUGCUGAUGCGGCAGCCAAAGAAGUGGAUGUCCCUUGUGAGCAGGAGCCAGAAAGGCACAAGACAGCGCAUGAGGACGCAGAGAAGGAAGCACAGGCAGCGCGGGCAGCAGAAUUGCCGGAGGCUUGUGAGCAGGAGCCGGCAGAGGCAGAGGCACAAAAGGAGGAUGUACAUGUUGCUGGAGUCAGAGGACAGGACGAGGUCUCUGAACAUGGGGCUCAGGAAUUGAGCUUGGAGGCAGAUGUUGCGGAUGCACGCGCAGUGUCUGCGGGUGCACCGGGUGCAACCAUCCAGGAGGCUUGUGAGGAUGUUGUGGCGGAGCAUGCUGCAAAGCAAGUAGAGGUCCCCUGUGAACAGGGGCUGGCACAGCAGAAGGCAGCACAGGAGGCUUCGCAGACCGCAGAAUUGCCGAAGCCUUCCGAGCCGGAGCCAGCAGAGAAAGAGGCGAGCGUGAGCCUGAGCCCGUCUGGGUCAGGCGUCCAGAUCAGAGAGUUCAGCGUGGCCUUGACCAAAGGUGUCGAAGGUCUUGGGCUGACAGUGCAGCGAGAGCUGGGUGGGCUUGCUGUCGUGGACGUAGACCCAAAGGGUGCGGCGGCACGGCACAAUCUGCGUCAGCUGGCCAGCGGCUCUCAGCUGGUGAUUUGGCCAAGGAUGCUGAUCACGCGAGUCAAUGGUGCGAGCGCAGCAGACGACAUGGUUCAGGCGCUGUGCCGAAGUCGGGAUUUGGAGCUUCACAUCCGCGCUGGAAAUUUGGAUUCGUCAGCAAAGCGCAUCCCAGAGGACUUGGCUUCAAUCAUUGGAGCGGUGAGGGCUGUGAAGCAAGUGACCGCUACUUCAAGGCGGCUGGGCGCGUGAAGAGCUGGCUGCGCGCCAGCAUGUACAAAGUCCAGAUCGCCCCGCGAGAUCCCAAAGACGGAUGGGGCAACGCCUGCAAGACGCAGGCGUUCAGCGCUCGAACGGACUUGGCCACAGGCCGCGGUGUGAUGAUGUUGAAUGAUUUGGU